AUGGAAUCCAGUUGGGAAAGUUUUUUUAGGAGGUGGUGCUCAUUUGAUGGGAGAUCAGGGCGACCAAAGAAACUACAGCACAUAAAAAAGCGUUUCGAGGGCCUCGGUGACUACAUGGAAGAUCCGACCUCGAAGCGUACCAGCCUCAAGCGUCUCGCCAUCCUCAGUGCAAGAGGGUUCGGCAAGAAAUAA